CAUAAAAUCAUACAUUGAAAAGGUAAAAAAUAUAUCUUUUUGAAACAAAUUUUUUUUCCAAAAUAUACAUCUUAUAGGAACGGAGGGAGUAUAACUUAGCAAAUUCUUAUUAUUUUGUUUCUUUUUUUUUCGAACACAAGAUGACAAACUAUUAUUGAUUGGUGAACGUAUAGGUUCACUUUGACCUUAGAAGUGAAGUAAAAAAACUCUAGAAAAACAAAAUUUAAAAGAAAAUGUACUAGUAGAUCCGUAGACAUUCGUGAUAUUUUCAAAAGAAUACACAUACAAUUAAAAUUUGCCACAUAAUUCAUAUUAACAAAAUUAAGAAAAAACAACUAAAACAAAAUAAUGUUUUGAAAACAAACUUUAGAAACAGUUUCUUUUCCACCAUAACCCACGAACCACCAUCCUUUUCCUUCCUCCACAAACUUUUGCUCUCCUGUUCUUAUAUAUUUCUAGAUUUUUUCUAAGACGUGAAAUUUCCUUGACCACAAUCGCCUCUUUACCAUUUUUGGGCUCCAAAUUCAGAAAUUUAUUCAGGUAAAAACGUAUUAGCUUAAUUGUUUAAUGGUUUUUGUAUUGUACAAAAGGUUUUACAGAAAAAUGUCGACUGGAAACACUUUUGAAAAUAGUGAAUACUUUGAUACUAAAUGUAAUAAGACAAAGAAGCCAUAAAUUGUAGGUUAAUAAUUAGGAAGACCACAAGUUAAACAAGACAGAAAAAAAGGAAAGCUUCAAAAUAGUAUUUGUAUCCAGUGGACUAAUUAAAAAUCAAUUUAUUUUUUUAAACUAAUCUAAUAUAAUAUAAUCUUAUAUGUCGUGGUUAAUCAGAGUUAUUUUGUACAUGUAAGUUUAGUCAUAUGAAACUGAAAAUUUUCUAAUGGUGCACUAAGAAUUAAGACCUUUGACUUUGAGGUAAAAAGAUGAGUAUAUAAAACAAACGAGUUCCAUGUCGAAAGUAGAUUCAUGGUGCGGUGCACUAACAAUUAAGACCUCUAAGCAUCUGUUGAGUUCUAUGCGUUAAAUAUGGAAUUUUUUUUUUUUUUUUUUUGGCAACAUGAGAAAAUUAUUCAAAAUUAUCUAAUGGUUUUAGGCAUUUUUCUCAUAUGAUACUGAAAUUUUGUUUGUUUGAAAAGAAAAAUAUUCUCAUGCGAAGCAUGGGGUUAAUACUAGGGGAAUUGCACUGUAUGACGUCCAAUAACCGCAUAAUUCAUUCGAUGGCUACUUUCCCUAACUCACCGAUAUAUGACUCACCUUUUAUAAAAUAUUGCCAUUUUGCCUUCUUUAUUUACCGGGAGUAACGGGCAAAAAAAUAAAGAUUAAGUAAAAAUUUAAACUGUUCAUCCAACUGUCGUGGCGCAUCGUUAACCUACAUUUUUCUUUUUUACUUUACCAUUCCUCUCUUUGUAAACUAAGCACUAUUCUUCUCUUUCAUCACCACCGCAAAUUGACAUCGUGUUUUCCCUGACUUUAAACUGCUCGUCACCGCGAUACUACUUCACGGACCGACGAAUCGGAACACGGAAAGCAUUCUACAGUUCUUCUUCCGGCAAGGAAGACUCCGGUACUCUUUGCCAAAAUGGACGAAUUAGGUCUUCCUCUGAGAAUGUUUGAGGCGGGUUCGGAACCAUCAGGGCGGAAACGGGUUAAUAACUACUUCAACCUACGGUGGAUUAACAUCAUAAAGAAUGCACUAGAGGAAGAAGACUUGGAAAUGUUGAAUCAGUCGCAGUUCCGGAGAGUUUUGCAGAUGGGGUCGCAUACUUUUUCAGUAAUGUUCCUCCAUUACUGCCUCUCACGCCAGUUGGUCACUGCAAAAGAGUAUGAACUUUGGUGGAUCUUCGUUGGUAAGCCGAUACGCUAUGCUAUACAAGAUUUGCUAUGGUCACCGGACUGAACUGUGGCGACGGGGUUGAGUUAACUGGAGAACCCCCCCGAGAAAGGUAUCGGGCCAGGGAAGGCGUCCGGUAAAGGGAAAUCAUCUAUGUCAAUAUGGGAUGAUUUAUUUCGUGGGGAGGAGAAGCCCACACCUGGAUGGAUCAUGGAGCGGCUUGUGAGGGGUAAAAAAUACAAGGAUCGGUUAAUCCGUUUGCGGCUUUCGUUGUUGGUUUUGGUGGAAGGAAUUCUAUGUCCAACAUGUGGGACAACAAAUAUCAGACCCGAAAUAGUGAGCAUGCUUGGUGAUCUUGACGCUUUCCUGAAGUAUCCAUGGGGCAGGGAGUCAUUUUUACUGACGGUUAGAAGUACAAAAGCAAGAUCUGCAGUUAAUUAUGUGAAGGAUACAAUGGCCCUACAAGGAUUUACCCAUGCUAUGGUAUUGGUUACUGUGACUGCAUGUCCUUCUAUCAUUAUUAAGACUGGCGGUGCGGAUCCUCUAGCAGAUUCCAACUUGUCCAGCGAAGAGAUUAUCAGGAGAGUUGUUGAUAGAAAGGUGGUAGUCAACAUUGUCUCGGCUAAGUCGGUUGAUCAACUGGGACAGGCAUAUGUACGUUCUUUGAUUAGCACAGAUGAAGUGGGGGAGGAUCUUUAUCGUGGGUUGGGAGAUAAGGAAGAUACGAGUGUUGAUACCAUGGUUGCUUUGAUUGACGAUGAUUACCCAUUUGAGCAUAACACUUGGUCAGGUGGUGUGAAAGCGGAUGAUGUUAAACUGAAGAAGGGUCAUGCACAAACUUCGGAGUCAAGUGAUGAAAAUGUUCCUGACCCGGUUGAAAAGGAUAAUGCUCAUCGUGGUGGCGUAGAAAGUGGUGGUUACCCUGGAGAUCCGAGAGGGCAAUCAUCAGCUAACCCCUCGGGUGCCCCGCAUGGUGGUGAGAGUUUCCAUGUUGAUGUCGAAACAUUACUUAGGCGUGCAGCUGAGGUAUACGAGGAUAAGGUAAUUGCAAUGUUUGAGAGCUAUAUUCUGAGUUUGAAGGGACAUUUUAAUUCUGAAGUGGGAGGCCUUCGAACCGACUUACAAGCAACUACCACCGCGAUUGCCCAUUUGGAAACUACGGUCACAUGGGAGUUUGAUAAGAUCAAUCAGUUACUUAAGUCCGGGCUUAGAGGUGCGGAUAUGGGAGCAACGUAUGGGUUUAGUCCUCGGAGACAUUCGUCACCAUUCCCAGGUCAGAAUGAUGAUUUCAACUAUACAGAGGUUAAUCCCGAUCGACACACUACACAUACUGGUGUUCCCGAGUCAACACCGCAAGAUGGAGAGGAUGUUGCGGCAACAGAGACCGCCUCGGUUGGUUUGGGACAGAAUCUGGAUGAAGGAGAAAGGGGUGGAGGACUAUCUCCGGGUAAACAGACCGACUCAACUCAUCGAGCCGAAUUUAGAGCUGAGACAGGGGUCCAGCAUGGGGGAGAUGCUGACAUUGGACAUGACCCCAUAAACGUGGAGGUGUGCGAGCAUGGGGGAGAUGCUGACAUUGGACAUGACCCCAUAAACGUGGAGAAUCCCUCGCCUUCGGUAAACGUCGCAUCCCAUGACAAUUUUGAUGCCGCCAAUCCUCCUUCUCGAGUUGAUGUGGACGAAGUGAAUGUAUCAUCGGAACGCCGCGUUGAUGACCCAGUGUCUUGCGUCGUUAAUAAAAUUCUAUCAGAAGCGGGCAUUGAUAAAAACCCGGUCCGACCCUCCGCUGGUUCUGGAACUGAUGUACCUCAGACAUCAUCAGAUGUCAAUCCGGAGAAAGUGGGUCUUGAUGGUGUGCAUGACGAUCGUGGUGAGGCUGCUGUUGGGAAUAAGGGUGAGGAUGUGGAUGAAGAUGAUGUUACAAUUACUAAAGUUCAGGCUGGACGAGUGAACACUGAUGUAGCCGGUGGUCAAGCCGAUGGUGGCAGACGUUUUAGUAGACGUACGCAUACAAGUACGAAACGCUACACUCCUCCUGCACCCGCCGUUCGUAAGAAAGAUGGAAACAAGAAAGUGGCGCGUCAAACUGAUGAUAAUCCUGCACCUCCUAAACGGGUUAAAAAGGUGGCGGCUGAGCCAAGUAACCCAAAGCCUCGUCCUCAAGAAAAACACACCUUUAUAGGUUGCUUCUCCCCAUUUUCUCCGCCAACCCCAGCUGCAAGAGAGGCCUUCCUGAAGACAAUGGCGGAGGCAAAAUCAAAUGCGCCAUCCCUCGGGUCAAUCAGUUCCAUUGCUUCUUUGGAUGAUCUGUUCAAUUGCACCGGUGUUUGUUCGUAUGAGGCUGUGGAUCGUGUUGUAGGUUGGAUUAGAAAGAGGCGUGACAGCAAUCCAUCUUCAAAAUUUGACUUCAUCCCUCCAACUUUCUUUAUCGAUCUGAUCCGAAGUUAUCCUGCUUUUGAAGCCAUGCAAGAUAAGUCCGCCUUCACUUUUCCGAUGUCUCUGCGCAGUCAGUUCAUGCACCGGUCACAGUGGUUUACGCAAGUAGACUUUCUCUACACUCUGAUUCUGGUUAAAGACAGACACUGGAUUGGUAUGAUAGUAGAUUUGCCUAUGUGGGCCAUCUAUGUGGUGGACGCGAACCAGACAUGUCCUCCAAUUUCAGUGUUGAAAGAUGUCAUCAACCCGAUAUCGAUUAUGAUGCCGCACAUGGUAUCGAGGUUCUGUCUAACUUCACGACCUCGUGAGUUGAAUUACCUUCCGUUCCCCAUAUCUCGCUUAGACAUACCAGUUCUACUUGAACAUCCAGGGUACGCCGCGGUUGUGGCACUGAUUCUGUUAGAGAUUGCUGCCGUGGGGAAGCCUUUGAUUGAUCUGGCUCUCACUGAAGAGGAGGUCCGUGUUGCAGCGGAGAACUAAGCGAUCUCUACCCUGGGUAUGUUUAAGGUGGUCCCCCCUAAUCCUGCAGUUUAGUCGUUUUCAGAACUGUACUACUUUAUGUUUAUUCGUGUUUGAUGUAAUCCACAUUGUGUUGAUGUAUUCCCUUUCUCCUACCUCUUUAUGUUUUACUCUGUAAUCCUUUGUUUCUUCAGAAUAACAAACGAUGAUUUCUUAUGUUUAACUUAUGAUGUCCUCA